GGGCCCGUUGAUGAGAUCUGCACUCGGGCCCGCUAAGCCAUUGUUACGCCGCUGUCGCUCACCAGAGCACGGGUUUGAUUAAGAUCCCGACUACAACUCUGUUCCUUGCGUAUCUUUCAAUGGCUGAUCCCGAGUACACCCCUUAACCUUGCGUCUCUUUAAAUGGCUGAACCAUUGGGGAGCGAGCGACAGGUGAGACAGUCAAAGGUCAGAGAUCGCGCGCUUUAUUAGAGCCGGCGCAGGUGUCUGCGAUGAGGUUUAUCAUCGUCCACAGUGAGAGAACGCAACUUGGCAAACACACACAAAACACACACACUCUCUCUCACACACAAACACACACAGUUGAGGUUUAUCACCGUCCACAGUGAGAGAACGCAACUUGGCAAAUACAGACUAACAAGAGCGGACUAAGCUGUAAACCCAUAGUAGGCUGCUUGGUGACCAGAUUAGUGAACAAAUCCAACUGACGGGAAAACUCGGCAUUUCUCCUCCUCUCCUCCUCUCCUUCUCUCCCACAGUGUGCUGCUCGGGCGUCCGGCUGUCACUCGACGUGCAUUUAAGGAAUUCACUUUGCAGCAGUUCCUUCUGAAAUUCCUAAAUAUGAACGUGCAUAUUUAUCUCUUGCAUGCCUAGUUUUUUUUUUUUUCUGACACGUCGACCAAAAGAAGUUCGCCAGAGGAGUUAACGUGUAAGCGAUUGGUUAAUCUUCCCCCAGGGCGCAAAAACAACAGAGGGGGAAAAAGUGAUAAAGUUGACAAGAGUUAAGUUGACAGUAGUUUCGAAGCUCAACACUACAGCGACGCGCACUGCUCUGUGGCGACACGCGGGAAUCGAGUUAGAAGAGAAUAAGAGUAAGAGUAAGAGUGAGAGUAAGAGUAAGAGUAACGGUAAGACUGAAGCAUGGAGGGUCUGAGGAGACAGGCGCGGAAACUUCUGUGCGUCCGGAAACAGCUGAUCCUUCUGCUGACCCCGCUGGUGCUGCUGCCGCUGGUGUUUUUCAUGCCGCCCAAGGAGGGGAAGUGUCUGUACGUGGUCCUCCUGAUGGCGGUGUUCUGGUGCACGGAGGCGCUGCCGCUGGCGGUGACGGCCAUGUUGCCCGUGUGCCUCUUCCCCACGCUGGGCGUGCUCCCGUCGAGGAAGGUGUGCCCGCAGUACUUCCUGGAGACCAACUUCCUGUUCCUCAGCGGCCUGGUCAUGGCCUCCGCCAUCGAGGAGUGGGGCCUGCACCGCCGCAUCGCCCUCAAGGUGCUGCAGAUCGUCGGCGUCAAGCCAGCAUGGCUGAUUCUGGGGAUGAUGAUCACUUCCUCCUUCCUGUCCAUGUGGCUCAGUAACACGGCAACCACGGCCAUGAUGCUUCCCAUCGCGUCCGCCAUCCUGGAGAGUCUCUUUGGGGACCUGGCCUCCCUCAAGGAGAAGUGCAAGGUCCACACUCCAGCAGAGGGUGAGGUGAAGAUGUGUGUGUUACCUUCAGAGCCGUGUGAGAAGCAAAUCCUGACCAUGGAGGAUGGGAGGGAUGUGUUGGAGAAGCUGGACUCACGUACCCCUGAGGAGGUGCGGACGGAGUCCCAGUAUCAGCUGAAGGUGUGGAAGGGCUUCCUCAUCUGCAUCCCCUACGCCGCCAGCAUCGGGGGCACCGCCACGCUCACCGGGACUGCACCCAACCUCAUCCUGGUGGGACAGCUCAAGAGUUACUUCCCUGAGUGUGACCUCAUCAACUUCGGCUCCUGGUUCCUGUUUGCCUUCCCCCUCAUGGUCCUCUUCCUGUUUCUGGGGUGGAUCUGGAUCGCCUUCCUGUACGGGGGCAUCAACACCAGGAUGUGUGUAAACAAACAGGAUGAGAGGGCAGCUGCUGAGGCUAAAGCACAAGCAGUCAUCGAUGAGGACUACAAGAAACUAGGGCCUCUAAGCUUUGCAGAAAGAGCCAUUGCUUUCUUCUUCGUCAUCUUCGCCUUCCUCCUCUUCACAAGAGAUCCCAAGUUUGUGACUGGAUGGUCCAUAUUCUUCAACAAAGGGUAUGUGUCAGAUGCAGUGACAGGCAUCAUCAUCACCACCAUCCUGUUCUUCUUCCCUUCCCAGAAGCCUUCACUCAGCUGGUGGUUCGACCCCAAAGCCCCCAACACUCCGUACGUUCCGCUGCUGUCGUGGAAGAAGGCGCAGGAGUCUGUGCCGUGGAACAUCAUCCUGCUGCUGGGGGGGGGAUUUGCCAUGGCCAAAGGCUGUGAGGAGUCUGGUCUGGCGGCGUGGAUCGGCGGCCAUCUCCAGCCUCUGGCUCAGGUUCCUCCCUCGGUGGCUGUCAUGCUCAUCACUGCAUUCCUGGCCUCCUUCACGGAGUUCGCCAGCAACACUGCCACCAUCAUCAUCUUCCUCCCCGUCCUCGCUGAGCUGGCCAUCCGUGUGAGUGUGCACCCCUUCUACUUCAUGAUCCCGGCCACGGUGGGGUGCUCCUUCGCCUUCAUGCUGCCCGUCUCCACCCCCCCCAACUCCAUCGCCUUCGCCUCGGGACACCUCAUGGUCACAGACAUGGUGAAGACCGGCGUGGUGAUGAACAUCCUGGGGGUGCUGUGCGUGUCUCUGGCCAUGAACACCUGGGGCCAGGUGAUGUUCGACCUGAACACCUACCCAGACUGGGCGCGGCCACUUAACGUCUCCACAGUAGCUCACACCCUCUCCACCCUCUCCACCCCCACCCCGCCCCCACAGUAGCUCACACCCUCUCCACUCUCUCCACCCCCACCCCGCCCCCUAACACCACCUUCUGAAGUCGCUCAAUCAGCACAAACGUUAUAGGCAGACCUUCUGAAUCCACCCAAUCAGCAGCACCAUUACAGUCAGACCUUCUGAAGCCACCCAAUCAGCAGCACCAUUACAGUCAGACCUUCUGAAGUCGCCCAAUCAGCACAAACGUUACAGGAAACACACUGACCACACUGCAGGAGAAGACAAGCAAACUGUGUCUGCAUGUGUGUGUCUGCAUGUGUGUUUUUUUAUUAAGUGCAGAGUUCACUUUUUCAAAACACUGAACAGAUUCAACAUAUCAGUGAUUACAGUAAGUCCCCCAUAAUCAAUAGUGAUAUCUACAGUAAGUCUCCCACAAUCAAUAGUGAUAUCUACAGUAAAUCUCCCAUAAUCAAUAGUGAUAUCUACAGUAAUCACACACACACACACACACACACGUACUUAUACACACACACACGCACACACACACACACACACACA